UUUAGCGACAAAUCAAAUGAAGGAUCAGAUGAAGAGAUGCAAUAAUUUGGUCAUAUGUUUGACACGUGACUCAACACUACUCUAAUGUAUGUAUUGUUGUGUUUGUUAUCAAUAAUUGUAUUGACUUUCAGUCUCUGUGUUUGACUCAUACACUAAUCGACGCAAUCAUUCAUUCAAUUAAUUAAUUUGUUAUUUGUUUGACAUUUAAAAUGAAUUCAAUAUUAAAAUAUUCUCUUAGAGGCCUUCAAACAGUUGGCUUGACAUCAACGGUAUGUCGACAGCGAUGUCUUCAUACAACACGACCAGCACUGCAGGCAUUUGUGUCCCGACCGGCGCCGGCAUUCAAGGGAACGGCAGUCGUGGCCAAAGACUUCAAACAAAUCCAAUUAAGUGAUUACAGCGGCAAAUAUCUGGUUGUCUUCUUCUAUCCGCUGGAUUUCACAUUUGUCUGUCCGACAGAAAUCAUAGCAUUCAGUGAUCGGAUCAAUGAAUUCAAAGCAAUCAAUACAGAAGUGGUGGCCGUUUCGGUUGAUUCGCAUUUCUCGCACUUGGCUUGGAUUCAAACUCCUCGCAAAAAAGGAGGCAUUGAAGGCAUUAAUAUUCCCGUUUUAUCAGAUCUAUCGAAACAAAUCUCAAAAGAUUACGGAGUUUUGAUUGAGGAAUCAGGUCUUGCAUUGCGUGGUCUCUUCAUUAUUGAUCCCAAAGGCAUUCUCAGACAAAUUACAAUCAAUGACUUACCAAUUGGUCGAUCAGUUGACGAGACUCUGAGGCUUAUAAAAGCAUUUCAAUUUUAUGAGAAACACGGAGAAGUAUGUCCCGCCAAUUGGAAACCCGACUCUCCAACUAUUGACCCGAAAAACGCCGACAAAUAUUUUGAGGCAAACAACUAAGUCUUAUAUUGAUUUGUAGAAAAUUAUUUCAUUACUGAUUAUGUAAAAUAUUAGAAAAUGUUUGCAAAAAUUUGAUUUUUUAAAAUCAUCGAAUCUAUGAUAAAAUAAAGCAAUAUU